AUGGCAGCCCUGAUAGGGGGGCCCGGAUUUCAGCUGUACAAUCGGUACUUUUCAAUGCUGCCUCCCAUGUUAAAAAUGGCCAACUUUGCUAAAACGCCAUCAGUUGAUGACAGCCGCCGUGGUGGAUAUCUUGUUGAUAACGAAAGCGUGGUGCGAAACAUACAUUUAUCCCUUCGCACUAUGGACGAAGACGACGAUCUUAACUACCGCCACGUGCAGUGGCAGCGGCUGAACGACCGUCUGCAAAAUUUGAGGCGACACCUCCAGCCUAUAUAUUGGCGGGUCCUCCGUGCCGUCGUCGCCACGCUCUUGGAGGCCGUCGGGGACUAUCUCGGCAUCAACUGGUUCCGGCCUAUAUUUCAGCCGGUCGUCCGUGCCUUCAUCGCCACGCUCAUGGAGGCCCUCUGGGACUAUCUCGUUAACAACCGGCGCUCAAUUCGGAGAAGACAUGGGGGAUGA